CAGUUUGCACAACGCGCCAAUCAGAGCGGACGACGGUGGGGUGUACCCGGAAGUGGCACGAGAAAGGCGGAAGUUGGGUUACGGAGGAGAAGGAAGAGGUGGAAAGGCUCUCCCGGCGAGAGAGAAGAGACUGAUAGCAGCGGACGGGGCCGGACGUGCCUUCUGGACGGUCAGCCAUCUGACAGACGCUUUCACCUCCCGUGCCUUCGUCACCACCUCUACUCUUCUGUAACCCUUUUGUGACAUCCCUGGAAAUGGCCGGUCGAGGCGGUAACGCACGACCAAACGGGCCGGCUGCCGGCAAUAAAAUCUGCCAGUUUAAGCUGGUUUUACUAGGGGAGUCUGCGGUUGGGAAGUCUAGUCUUGUCCUUCGUUUUGUCAAGGGCCAAUUUCAUGAAUACCAAGAGAGCACGAUUGGAGCGGCUUUCCUUACACAGACAGUAUGCCUGGAUGACACAACGGUGAAGUUUGAGAUCUGGGACACUGCAGGGCAGGAGAGGUACCACAGCUUGGCCCCGAUGUAUUACAGAGGAGCCCAGGCAGCCAUUGUGGUCUAUGACAUCACCAACACAGAAACAUUCACUAGAGCAAAGAAUUGGGUGAAGGAACUACAGAGACAGGCGAGCCCAAAUAUCGUAAUCGCCUUGUCUGGAAAUAAGGCCGACCUUUCCAGUAAAAGAGCCGUAGAAUUCCAGGAAGCGCAAGCGUAUGCCGAGGACAACAGCCUGCUCUUCAUGGAGACGUCCGCUAAAACCGCCAUGAAUGUCAAUGAAAUCUUUAUGGCCAUAGCCAAGAAACUGCCGAAGAACGAGCCACAAAGUGCACAAGGCGCCCCCGGAAGAAACAGAGGGGUGGACCUCCAAGAAAGUAGCCCCCCCGCUAGGAGCCAGUGCUGCAGCAACUGAGUUACGUGCGCAUCCAUUUCCACCACCGUGUCCUUCCUCCAUGGUUCAUCACCUGGUGGUGAACAGAGAGGAACCAAAACAUAGAAAAUUACAA